CCGAGUCUACGUAACCAAGCCGCGGUGACGUGCGGAUGCCUCUAUUUCCUACACUCUGCAAAGCAUCAUCAAAAUCACCAUCCAUCAAGAACCGCUUCACCCCCCUCAUCCUCGCCCCCUCCUCCUUUCUCUCUCUCUCUCUCUCUCUCUCUCUCUCUCCUUUCUCUCUCUCUAUCCUCUAUCUCUCUCUCCUCCUCCUUCGUUGUCUUUUUAAUGUAACUUCUGGAUGAUCGGGAAAGCAGGGAGCGUCUGGAGAGCCUGGUCCGGUGACUCCAUCUCUGCUGAAAGAUCCGCUCGCAAGGCAUUCCGCUCAUCAUAGCUGGACACACGGACAGGAGGGGAUCCGUUUGUGGAAUAACGCCGCGCUUUCCUGUGGAUUUCGGUUCAGUUGAUUAUUAUUAUUAUUUUUUAAACCCUCCUGGAUGUCGGAGCGCAUCAGACCGCUCUGAGUGAAGCGGUCCUCUCGGAUUUUCAACGACUGACUGUUUAUUUUUAGUCUCACAUCAUUAGUAGUGUUGCACCUCGGUGAUGCAAUGAAGGCUGUUUCAAAGCAUCUAAUGUGACUAUAUAUAUAUUUUUUUUUUGUAAAAAAAAAAAAUAAUGUCGGAGUUUCUUUAAGAGAUUAAAAUCGCGCGCGUUAAAAAAAAAAAAUCGGUUUAAAAUAAAUAAAUAAAUAAAAUUAAAGGAAAGUUGCUUGCGCAAAGUUUUGGAGUCUGUCGGAAUGGCUAUGGUAGCGUGGAGAACCACGGAGGGCGUCGGGGACCCCCAGGGGACUCUCUCCUCCCCGGUGUCCCAAGUGGCGCCUCUGUCUCUCCCCGGUGAACUGACGGGACACAUGAACUCGGCGGCCUCUCUGGAAAUACCCCAGGCAGGAGCGGCUCAGGGAGCACCGCCGCCCAAUCUAUCCGCCGCCGCCGCCGCCGCGUCCACCUCCACCACCACCACCUCCUCCACGAACAACAACAACAACAACAACAGCACCUCCUCUUCCUCCUCUUCUUCCUCCUCUUCCAUGGACAAACAGCAGAGCCAGCAGAUCGAGUGCAUCGUCUGCGGGGACAAAUCCAGCGGGAAGCACUACGGACAGUUCACGUGCGAGGGAUGUAAGAGCUUCUUCAAGCGCAGCGUCAGGAGGAACCUGACGUACACCUGCAGGGCCAACAGGAACUGUCCCGUGGACCAGCACCACCGCAACCAGUGCCAGUACUGCCGCCUCAAGAAAUGCCUCAAAGUCGGCAUGAGGAGGGAAGCCGUGCAAAGGGGCAGGAUACCCACGCAGUCUUACCACGGCCAGUUCGCGCUGACGAACGGGGACCCUCUGCAGUGCCACUCGUACUUGUCCGGGUACAUCUCCCUGCUGCUGCGGGCCGAGCCCUACCCGACCUCCCGGUUCGGCUCCCAGUGCCUGCAGAACAACAGCAUCAUGGGGAUUGAGAACAUCUGCGAGCUGGCGGCGCGGAUGCUCUUCAGCGCCGUGGAGUGGGCCCGGAACAUCCCGUUCUUCCCGGACUUGCAGGCGCCGGACCAGGUGGCCCUCCUCCGCCUCACCUGGAGCGAGCUGUUCGUGCUGAACGCCGCCCAGUGCUCCAUGCCCGUCCACGUCGCCCCGCUGCUGGCCGCCGCGGGCCUCCACGCGUCCCCGAUGUCCGCCGACCGGGUGGUGGCCUUCAUGGAUCACAUCCGGGUCUUCCAGGAGCAGGUGGAGAAGCUGAAGGUGCUGCAGGUGGACUCGGCGGAGUACAGCUGCAUCAAGGCCGUAGUGCUGUUCACCACAGACGCCUGCGGCCUGUCGGACGUGGCCCACGUGGAGAGCCUCCAGGAGAAGUCCCAGUGCGCGCUGGAGGAGUACGUGAGGAGUCAGUACCCCAACCAGCCCAACCGGUUCGGGAAGCUGCUGCUCCGCCUGCCCUCGCUGCGCACCGUCUCCUCCUCGGUCAUCGAGCAGCUGUUCUUCGUGCGCCUGGUGGGGAAGACGCCCAUCGAGACGCUGAUAAGGGACAUGCUGCUGUCCGGCAGCAGCUUCAGCUGGCCGUACAUGCCCAUCCAGUAGGUGUGAAGGCUACAAGGUUGCUUCUCCAAUCGAGUGAUUUGGUUUUUGUUUAGUUUUUUCCCCCCCACCCCCAUGUAACCCAAAAUUCUCUGCCAGAGGAAUGAGAUUAUUAAAGGUAAAAAACAAACAAACAAAAAAAAAAAUCAUGCAAUUCUACUAAGUAAUAUCAGCGGUCUGCCUUAUUUUACAAAAAGGGUCCUGAACAAAAUGAAGAACAGGAAAUUAUUUGAAAUCAAAGGGAGAAUAAAAAAACGAGACACAACACAAGUUGACUGCUUAUUUUGGACUGUUUUUUUUUUCUUUUCUUUUUUGUUUUUUUUGUAAUUGUGACAGUGUAUGGACGCUUUAACAAAACGAUAUUUAUUGGACCUGUGUGUAUAUUUAUCGUGCUUGUAAAUUAUGUUUCCGAUCCUUUUGCUUUCUAAAUGUUGCGUGUGUCGUUUUUUUUUUUUUUGCCCACGGUCAAUGAGGAAACUGCAGGGAGCCUUUUGUGUGUGUUGAUCUGUUUAUUUCAAAAAAUUUUUUAUUUGAGUUUUGUCUCUGUUCUUGAUUUCAUACCUUCCAGAAAAAAAAAGCACUUUGGACUUAGUGAAAAAUGGAAAUAUUUACAGCAUUUGUUUUGAACCUGACUCAUUCGGUUCCACACUAAAGCUCUGACUUUAAUUGUUUUGUCUUCUCCUGGUUAUGAAAUUGCUCUUCUUUUUUUUUAAAUUUUUACAAAAAUAUUCUCUUGUAAAAAAAAGAAGAAAAAAAGAAUUGUAGAUACUUCUUGGCCAAAUUUCCUCAUUCUUCUUUUCACGACUGUGAAAAUAUGACUGUUUGCCUUCUGUGACGAUAUUAAAAGCGGAUCAUUGCUUUUGGGUUUUAGCAGACAUGUUCAGUUUGCUCCUGAGAUGCUGCGGCUGAGUGAGGCUGACUGUCAGGAAGCUGCCGGGUAUUUUUCUACUCAGAGGGGUUUACACUCAGACCCCAAACCCCGUCACGUUUAUUUCUCUCACACACACACACACACAAAAGAAAAAACAAACAAACAAACAAUGGCACAAGGAGAUUAUUGAUGAUUACAUUACCAAAUAAUGUGUUUCCACUUUUUUUUUUUUUUUUUUUAAUUUUGGUUGUCUUAGAGAUUUUUAAAGAGCAACAUCUUCCCGGGCCGAGAGACAAAUGGACUUGAUGGGAAUCAUGUGUUUACAUGAACCCAGGCCACUCACUUGCACAACCUGCUCCGUUCAAAGGGUACGAAUGUGUGUGUGGGUGGGUGUGUGUGUGUGGGCGUGUGUGUUCCCUUGUGUUUUUUUUUUUUUUUUCUGUUUUCUGACAACCACUCUGAUGUACUGUGAAAGUUAACAUAUUGGUACCUUAUUAAAUUAUAACUCAAGAUUUAUA